AUGGCCCGCCAAUCCUCUUUAGCACUAUUCGAAACACAGGACGAAGGCAUCGUGCUCCGAUCUGCACCAGCAACACAGUUGGCACAGGAGAUUCCGAUAGGAAGCCAGCAAAAGAAUAUCCCAGGGUCUAUCCGCGGAAUGAAUGACGGGAAUGAGGGACCUGAAGCAGGAACAGUGGCUUUCGUAUUUCCCCCAAAGAGUCGACACACAUGGACAUUGAGCAAAAUGGUCCUUGCAGUGAAACUGUGGUUCCUGAGCUGGUUGGACCCAGUCUCAGACCACGGGGCUGAUGAAAAGCGCGUCGAAAUCCUGCUCGGCGCACAUGACACGGCGCUGAAGAUGAUAACAAACCGAUACAAUAUCCAAGACGCUUGGUAUUUAGAAGUCAUAGCAGUUCAUCCCUCCCUUCAGGGGCGAGGGUUAGGCAAAGUUAUGAUGGAGCGCAUCCUGGAUUACGUUGGCCAUGCGCCAAUCGUUCUGGAAUGUACAGCUGAGCGGAAUGUAGGGUUUUAUACCACAUUUGGGUUUGAGGUUGUCAAGAAAGUCGAAUUGGCUGACAAUGGUGGAGCUGUCAGUUGCUGGUUCAUGCUACGGCGAGCGACGCAGAAGGAAGACAUUGGUUCAUAG